UUUUUUUCACCAACUCCUGACCAGGGAUAAGGUAGUGGAAGGACCUAUGUGGUCAGUACAUCUACUGUGAGAACAGAAGAAAUUAAUCUAGGGAGGCCACAGGGAUUUAAAGAGCAUUGGGGCUGCUACUGCCAUAAGAAGACACAGACUUGAAACCUAAGGGCCAAAGAGGACAGGGAUUCAGAGGACCAUUUGAGAUCCUAAGAACUCUGUGGAAUGAGAAUGAACAGUUUACAGAGCUUCCAGAUCAUGUCCUUGAAAAGACCAGGGUCUGAGGGGAGGAGUUAAGUUAAAGCAAACGCCUGGUAUUAUCAGUUGCUUCCCUUUGGUCAUGUCUAGGGAUGUAGCCAGAGAAAUGCCUCUAGACUCCCCUCCUAAGGAGCCAAGUUGGAUGCACACAUGGAUGAAGAUGAAAGAAGGUUUCCUUUCAAAGUGCCCUUGGAUAUGGGAAUGGGGUCAUGGGCUGGUCUUCUCUCAUUUCAGCCUAGGAUUUUUCCUUCUGUUGACAGUGAUUCUUCCAAGCAUUCACUGUGUCUUGGGAUCAAUGUAUUCUUCUUCUCAUGAAAUAGUCAUCCCCAAGAGAUUAAUGACUUGGGAAGGAGAAGAAAGAGUUGAAAGACUCUCCUAUUCAAUAUUUAUGAAAGGCAAGAAGGUGGUGAUACACCUGAAACAAAAGAAAGGACUACUUGUUAACAACUUCCCUGUUUAUACCUAUUCCAAUGGGAAGCUCAACCUUGAUAUGCCUUUUCUCCAAAAUGAUUGUUACUAUGAUGGGUACGUGGAAAGCUAUCUGAAGUCCCUGGUGUCUAUCAGCACCUGCUCAGGCCUCAAAGGUUUAAUCAACAUAGAGGGAAAAGUCUAUAGAAUUGAGCCCAUUGAUGCCUCGAGUAACUUUGAACACAUCCUGUACCAAACAAAAAGUGAUGAACAAGAUUUCUGUUCGGGGCCUGUGAGAGAACAGCCUGAAUUUGAGAGCAAUCUGGAACCAGAAGGAAUGAUGAUCAUGACUGGGGUAAGAUUUACCCAAAUUGUACAUUAUGAAUGGCCAUACAACAAGAUAGUGAAAAUAUUUAUUGUGGUUGACAACAGGAGGUUCCGAAAUUGGGAUAGCAAUGUGACCAAGACCGCCCAUAUGGUGAUGGAAGUGCUCUCCAUCGUGGAUACCUACGUCAAUCCAAUCAGAGUCAAAAUCUUCUGGGUUGGUUUAGAGAUCUGGACACAGAAAGAUAUGAGCAAAAUUUCACAGAGUAUUGAAGACACUCUUAAGGUUUUCAAUGAAUGGAGGAUCACAGAUCUCUUACCAAGGGUUUUUCAUAAUGUUGCCCAUCUGAUUGUAGGGCAUGAACCUGGAAGCAAAGCAGGACACUCCUACCUCGGUGGUAUCUGUUCAUCUUCCCAAGCUGCGGCAGCUCUAGCCUUCCCUCAUGAAGAUGUGGCCCGCUUUGCCUCUCUCAUGACCCAUGAGUUGGGCCAUAGUAUGGGCAUGGAACAUGAUUCCCAAUACUGCAUGUGUGGUGAUGAAUAUUACUGCAUAAUGCAUGAGCUUGUCUCUCAAAAACAGCUUUUUAGCAACUGCAGCUUAGAGUACUUCUAUAAAUUCCUGUAUGGUGCACAUUCGGGAUGCCUCUAUGGAGAGCCAGAACCCACAAGUAUAUUCAGGGUGUCAGUCUGUGGGAACGGAAUAUUAGACAGAGAGGAAGAGUGUGACUGUGGAAAUGAAGAGACCUGUGCAAAUGACCCUUGCUGCCUUCCCACCUGCAGGCUGACUGAGGGCUCCACUUGUGCUUUUGGGCCCUGCUGCAAAAAUUGUAAUAUUCAGAGGGCAAGUGAGGUGUGUCGUCCCAGCAAGAAUGAAUGUGACCUCCCUGAAUAUUGCAAUGGCACCUCCAUUUGGUGUCAGCCAAAUGUCUACAAACAAGAUGGCACCAAGUGCAAGGAUGGCUAUUGCUAUGAGGGGUUUUGUCACAGCCUGGAUAAACAGUGUGUUGAGAUCUUUGGUGAAGGCUCCAGGAAAGCCCCAGAUAGUUGCUAUGAGAGUAUAAACAGUAAGGGGGACCGGAUCGGGAACUGUGGCCCUUCACUUAAUGGGAUGCGCAGGCGCUUUAGAAGAUGCAACUCCAGAGAUAGCAAGUGCGGAAGGCUUCUAUGUCAGAACAUUAAGAAUCUGCCCCAAGGCAAGAACCACCAUACCUAUUUCCAACUGCCCUGUGAGGGUUCAUGGUGCUGGGGAGCGGACCUCUUAGAGGAGUUAGGGGCCACUGACCGAGGAGGAGUGUACACUGGUACAAUGUGUGACCGGGGGAGGAUAUGCCUUUAUGGUGCUUGUUCUAGUAUAUAUGCACUGUUAUUCAGGCAGAGGUGCAACGAAGAUACCAAUUGUAAUGCUAGAGGGACAUGUAACAGCUUGAGUCAUUGCCACUGUAAUUCAGGUUAUGCCCCACCGAAUUGUAUAAAUAGAGGUAAUGGGGGCAGUAUAGACAGCGGGCCCCUUCCUGCCUAUUUUCCAACAAUCUAUACUACCCGCACUACUACCACUACUACUACCACUACUCCAACCACUACCACUCCCCGCACUACUCCCCGCACUACUAUUCGUACUACUCCCCGCACUACUCCCCGCACUACUCCCCGCACUACUCCCCGCACUACUAUUCGCACUACUCCCCGCACUACUCCCCGCACUACUAUUCGCACUACUCCCCGCACUACUAUUCGCACUACUCCCCGCACUACUCCCCGCACUACUCCCCGCACUACUCCCCGCACUACUCCCCGCACUACUAUUCGCACUACUCCCCGCACUACUAUUCGCACUACUCCCCGCACUACUCCCCGCACUACUCCCCGCACUACUACUCGCACUACUCGAACCACUACCACUACCCCCACUACUAUCCGCACUACUACCCGCACUACUCGAACCACUACCACUACCCCCACUACUACCCGCACUACUACCCGCACUACUCGAACCACUACCACUACCCCCACUACUACCCGCACUACUAUCCGCACUACUCGAACCACUACCACUACCCCCACUACUACCCGCACUACUAUCCGCACUACUCGAACCACUACCACUACCCCCACUACUACCCGCACUACUACCCGCACUACUCGAACCACUACCACUACCCCCACUACUACCACUACUACUACCACCACUCCAACUACUACCACUACUACUACCACUCCAACCACUACUACUACCCCCACUACUACCACUACUACUACCACCACUCCAACUACUACCACUACUACUACCACUCCAACCACUACCACUACCCCCACUACUACCACUACUACUACCACCCCUCCAACCACUACCACUACCCCAACUCCUACCACUAUUACCACCACCCACACCACUAUUAUCACCACCACCACCACCUCCCAAUCAAGUCACCAGAAGACUCUGAACACUCCUACUGGCAGACUUCGAAGAAAAGGACAUAAGGAAAUAAUAUUGGCAGUCUUCUUGUUCUUGGUUACCAUCCUCCUCCUUGUGAAUAGUGUAAUUUGGUGCCUCAUCAUUCUGGUGUAUGUCCGGAAUGGAAGAAAACUGCAAAAAGGAAUGGGCACUCAAAGUGUGGACCAGAAAAGCACACAGGGCUCUUUCCAAUCAAUGAGACCCUGAGAGAGAAAGAUUGGGGCUGGGAUCCCCAGCAAGGAAGUGAUGACUUCUCGGAUCUAUGGAAUGAUACCAAAUCAUGCUUUGGAAGCACAAGUGUUAUUUAAAGCAGGAAAUAUCUGAAUAAAAAGAUACAUGAAAAUGGAA